AUGGGCACCGAUGACGAGGCUGAAGAGACGGAGUAUGAAAUCGAGGAAGUUUCAGACGAAAAGAGGGCGACCAAGAAGAAGGAGAGAAAGGAGAACCAGCAAAGGAAAGCAGACGAGGAAGACCUCACGCUACGGGAGACAGCGGCGCAGAGAAAAGCCCUCAUGCCUGAGAAGCAGAUGCCAAGGGCUGUAAUGCCGAUGUCCGAAUUGACGCCGUGCAAUGAGUCCAUCGACAAGUCCACGGAUCUAGGAGAGACCGAGGGCUCAUCUUCUCGAAAGCGGAAGGCUAAUAAAAUAGAUGACGGCGAGGAACAGACAGCUAGGACCCCAGUCGCGAAGAAGGCGAACAUGAAUAAGAGACGCCAACCUGAGCUUACUGCUACCGAGAGGGAGGAGCGGAGACGGAACAAAAAUAGGAGGUCGCGAGAGAGUGCAAAGAGGAAGAAGGCGUUGGCGAGAAAGGAAAUGGAAGAAAGGACUUCAGAAACCUAG